AUGUCGCUUUCCGUGUCAUUUUCCGCGUCAGCAUCCGCAUCCGCAUCCACGUCAGCAUCCACGUCAGCAGCCACGUCAGCAUUUGCAGGGAAUCCGGGAGGGCCUGUUCCUCCAGCGAGGAUCGAUCUAGCUGCUGCACCCAGAGGCACGUUUGACCCCACCGAUGAGAAGCUCCGGGCUGCUGCCACCAACUUUGAACGCGCCCUCACUGCUUCCACUGUACCUGUGACUAUAUGUGCGCCACCUCUACACCGUCGACUUAUCAACGGUCCAGAUUGUGCGUGCUGGCAGGUGGAGGAGGAGGAGGCGCUAUGGACGGUGGUGAUCGAAUCGUGCGAGCGGGCAGGCAAUGCCGAAUGGGUGCCAGACAUUGCAUCGAGAGCGCUGGGCAACCGAGGCAACGCACGGUCGAGACAGGGAAGACUGGUGGAGGCUCUAGGGGACUACAACGCUGCCAUCGCCUACGCUCCCUAUGCAGUUGACCCAGUCCUCAACCGGGGCGUGGUGCUGGAGUCGCUGGGGCGCUUCCAGGAAGCUGCGGCUGAUUACUCUGCCGUGCUGGCAGUAGCGCCUAACGACCCUGCAGCGUGGAACAACCUGGGAAACGCACAGGCAGGUGUGGGGGCGUGGGGGGAUGCAGUGGAGAGCUACAGGCGGGCCAGCAUGUUGGCUCCGGUCUUCUCCUUUGCUGCUGCCAAUUACGCUCUCGCAUUGUACGAGGUGGGAAACGACAACGCUGCUAUCAAACAGAUGAGGAACCUUCUCCGAAAGUACCCUGAGUUCCCCGACAUGCGAGCAGCACUGGCAGUGGCACUCUACGCAGCGGGACUGAGAGCCGAAGCUGAGAACGCCUGGAGCAGAGUCGACGAUGGGCGUUAUCGCGAUCGCGAGUGGGUGAGCGAGUACCGCCGCUGGCCCCCUCGCCUCGUUUCAGAGCUAGCUGCCUUCCUUGACCUCAAGCCAGUGUAG